CAUCGAAAGAAAUGUCCCUAUUUACGAACUAUUAUCAACGAAUUGAAACGUACAUGAAUUCGUUGCUAUUGUAAAAGCGUAAAGAAUUUCAAUCAAAAUCUUUUGAGACGGAGGCUAUAUAUUUAUAAACAUCUGUCAAAAGGGUCAAAAGAGGAUAAGCAAGUAAACAACACAAGCGUUACGAGCGGCGGCGCUCUGGCAGCCCUGGGGAAAUAAUAUCAUAAUAACAACAAACAGGUGUUUUUGUUCUUUGUGUCAAGUUCGAUUUCAAAUUUUUUUUUUCCUCGCGUUCCUUCGUAUUUGCUACGACGAAGUUAAUCCGAAAUUACUUUUGUUAAAAAAUAAAUAGCUUACAUACAUAUUUCGCUUUUUCAAACCUCGUAGUUAUGAAUAUUCCAGCCUUAAUUCCAAGCUUUCCAACCCCAAAAGUUAUAUGGUAUCAAACCGACGUAAGUGUGACAUUACGAAUAAUGCUGGUGGACGUCGACGAUUAUUUUCUUCUAGUUGAUGAAGAUCACCUUAGAUUUAGCACAACUGUAAACGGCCGACCCUACUAUCUCUGUUUAUAUCUUUUCGGCGCUAUCAUACCAGAAAAAUGUUCUCACCGUAAUACAGGAACAGAGAUCAAAGUGAAUUUACCGAAAGCCCAUAAAUGGAUUAGGUGGAUGAGAUUGUGUCUAGAGAAAGAAAGUAAUCCACACAUUUCAGCAGACCUUGAAAAAUUACAUGACGAAACGAUUAUACCAAAAUACUUUGUAAAAAGAGAUUGGGAUGAUAUUAAUGAAUAUAAGCGUCAGAACAAUAUUGUCAACAUUCCCCCUGCCGAACACUCUACCGAUGACAGUGAAUCUGAGGAUGAGAUGAUGGAUGCGCUGAUUGAUGCUGCUGAUGCAUUUUGACAACAGUUUUUCUAUGAACCUUGAGUCAAUGUCUUGUCAGUCAACUUCAUAAACAUAUGUAUAAAGAUCUAAUUGAUUUUAAUGAAAAAUAUAGUAAAUGAAAAAGUA